AUGCUACCCCUUUGGAUUAUAACAGUUGUUGUUGGCUACUUUACUAUCAAAUGGUUUCUGAACAGAUUAGAGGUGGGGAACAUUGGUGACAAAUACGUCUUCAUAACCGGAUGUGAUACGGGGUUUGGAAAUGCCCUGGCCAAGAAAUUAGAUGGUUUAGGUUUUCACGUUAUUGCCUCUUGCCUAAAUAAAGAUGGUGCCUCGGAAUUGAAGAAGGUGACGUCAGAACGACUGACGACUGUUUUAUUGGAUGUUACGUCAACACAAGACGUUAAACGAGUAAUGGAGGAAAUUGAUGAAAUGAUUCCGGUCAAUAAAGGUUUAUGGGCGAUCGUCAACAAUGCUGGAAUCCCGGGUUCCCUUCUACCCUUUGACCUUACAACCAAAGAAGAUUUUGAAAAAGUACUGUCUGUUAAUUUAUUGGGACUAAUUGAUGUCUGUAUUAAGUGUGUGCCCCUACUCAGGAAAGGAAGGACAAAGGGACGGGUCAUUAAUGUUUCUAGUGUUACUGGACGCUUUGCAGUAGAUAGUGACCGUCUUAUUAAUUAUCUAUGCAACGGAAGCAUUGACCCCGAACCAGUGGUUUCAGCCAUGACACACGCAGUGACGUCACGUUUUCCAAAUCUUAGAUAUGUUGUUGGAUUGGAUGCUAAAUAUAUUUUUAGCGUUUUACGGGCACUUCCUAAAAUUACUAAUUUAUGUUGA